AUGUCGAGGAUCAGAUGGAAUUGUGAGGAUGCCUUGUCGGAGACUGAAAGAGUUGGAAUGAUAAGUGUGGAAGGCAGUGACUGGGAGAUGAGUGGCAAACAAGAACAAGGAGAGCAGCUGAUAAUGGGCUCUGACAGAGCCCACCUUAACAAGGUAAAAGUAGCAGAAUUUCACAAAAGAAUCAAGGAGGCAUUUGAAGUAUUUGACCAUGAGUCGAAUAAUACAGUGGAUGUGAGAGAGAUUGGGACAAUUGUCAGGUCAUUGGGAUGCUGCCCCAGUGAAGGAGAACUACACGAUCUGCUUGCAGAGGUAGAGGAAGAAGAACCCACUGGAUACAUUCGCUAUGAGAAGUUUCUUCCUGUGAUGACCAAAGUACUUCUGGAAGAAAGAUACAGACCAAUUCCAGACGAUGUCCUUCUUCAGGCCUUUGAGACUUUAGAUUCAGCUAAACGUGGAUUUCUUACUAAGGAUGAAUUGGUCAAGUAUAUGACCGAAGAAGGUGAGCCCUUUUCUCAGGAGGAAAUGGAAGAAAUGCUGUCAGCUGCAGUUGAUCCAGAAUCAAACUUAAUUCAUUACAAAGAUUACGUAACAACGAUGGUGGUCGAUGAUAAUUAAAUAUUCCAAAGACUUCAAAGAGAAUUUGAAAAGCUGCUUGCAAGUUCUUGUUAGUUUCAUAUUUUAGCUUUUAAUGUCCAUAUCUAAUUAAAUACUCAUUAAAGAUAUUAUUGUCCUGUGACAUAGCUAUUUCAAGACAUUUUGUUUUCUAUCUUAUUUAUUUAUGGCAUAGGCUCUUGCUUUGUAGUCCUGGUGAGCCUAGAACUUGCUAUAUAGCCCAGCCCUCAAAUUCCUUAUUUUCCUGCCUCAUUCUCCUGAAUGCUGGGAUUACAAGUAUGCACAUCACACUUGGCAAGAUACUUUGUCUUCUAAAGACAAACAUAACAAUUUAAAACUAAAAUUAUUUAGUAUAUCCAGUUUUCUGAAAUGUUAAA